AUGGGUAUUUCUCGGGAUUCCAUGCACAAGAGGCGUGCGACUGGAGGAAAGAAGAAGGCUUGGAGGAAGAAGAGAAAGUAUGAGCUCGGAAGACAACCGGCAAACACAAAGUUGUCUAGCAACAAGACUGUUCGCAGGGUUAGGGUCCGUGGAGGUAAUGUCAAGUGGCGUGCCCUAAGGCUCGACACAGGUAACUACUCGUGGGGAAGUGAAGCCGUGACCCGAAAGACUCGUAUUCUGGACGUUGUUUAUAAUGCGUCCAAUAACGAGCUGGUUAGGACCCAGACUUUGGUGAAGGGUGCCAUUAUUCAAGUCGAUGCUGCGCCUUUCAAGCAGUGGUACCUUCAGCAUUAUGGAGUGGACAUUGGUCGUAAGAAGAAAGCUGUUGCCAAGAAGGAAGGAGAGGAGAAUGAGGCUGCUGCUACUGAAGAGGUAAAGAAGAGCAACCAUGUCCAAAGGAAACUCGAAAAACGCCAACAGGAUCGUAAAAUCGAUCCCCAUAUUGAGGAGCAAUUUGGUGGCGGCCGUUUGCUGGCGGCAAUCUCCUCACGCCCUGGCCAGUGUGGGCGUGCUGAUGGUUAUAUUCUAGAGGGUAAGGAAUUGGAAUUUUACAUGAAGAAACUUCAGAGGAAGAAAGGAAAGAGUGCAGGGGGCGCUUAAAUUACUGCGAAAUUUCCCAUUCCAGUACAAUUGCUAUUAUGCUGAUUGCAGUUAUGAGUUAGUGGGACAAUAGUUUUUUGCUGUUUUUGCUCGACCUUUGCUUUAUAUAGAGUAAUGUUGAACAACUACAAAUUGUCACUUUGAUGAUCUUUCGUGUACAAUUAAAAAUACUCAUGUUUUUUUGUCGUGUGCCGAUUAAUUGAUUUGACUACUUUUUUUGGCUACUAAUCUUCGAAAAAUUUCAUCCUACUUGCCUCAUCGAGGGUAGGAUUGAACCUGUCUUAAUCUUGAUUGAUGGUUGUGCUUUCACUUGAUUCCGAUUUUGAAAUCUGAACUAUAGGUCUUUGGGUACUUGAUGAUUUCACUUGUGCAUGCAAAUUACAUAAAUGGCCAUGUUUUGAUAUGGUCUACAAUUUUUAGUCAAUGGUCCCUUCAAAAGAAAGCUAUUUACCCAACUACCCG